UGAGUGGAUGCACAGAAGACACGAGAACAAUUCGUUCAUUUACAGAUUCAUUAAAACGAUUCAUCCACGAACGUAACACAACUAGUGCUGUGCGUAAACUACAUCUGUCUAGCGCUUCGUUCAUUAGGGACUGACAUCACGAUUCACGCUGAUAACGAAACCACAACAUGCGAAUUAUCCAUAAUAUUAAGAUCUUAAGUCUUGAUGGGUUGUAAGGAUGAAUGAUAAUCAAUAAAGCGUUUGAAUGAUCUGCUCUCCUCGUCUCCUCCCCUCAGACGCGCUGCGCAUCAUCCAGCGAUCGCGCUCCCUCACUCCAGCACUCGCGCUUCCCAAGAGCGCGUCUUAUCUGAGCUCAGCGGGCGCGUCAUUUAACGCCAGCAUCUCGGUCAUUCAUCCUAGGCAGAGCGAGGCAAACGCAGACGAGAGGAGGAGAGCAAUACAGACGCUUCAGGCAGACAGAAACGCGAGACAAGGUCGACGCGGGCGCGUGUGUUUUGCGCUCUCUCCGCGAGUUGGAUUGCAGGGGUCUUUAAAUCUGGAGGUGAGGACCCAGGGAUGAGCCUGCUGUCUGGGGGCUUCGGCAUGGCGCGCUGGGGCUUCGGUUGGGCUCUGCUGCUGCUGCUGCUGCUGCUGCUCGCGCUCUGGAGGCCCGGUGCCGCUUGUCCGGAGCUCUGCACGUGCACCGGUGCGCGGAUCUCCUGCGUGGAUGCGAAGCACAGCAUUAUGGCUUUCCCCAUGCUACAGUCCGAGGCAGAGAUGGAGAACAUCACAGACAUAUACAUUGCAAAUCAAAGCAGCUUCAAAUCCAUUAAUGAAAAAGAUCUCGACUCGUAUCGCAACCUCAGAAACUUAACUGUAACAAACACCAGGCUGGCAUAUAUUUCCAGGCAGGCCUUCCAGAGCAACCCGAAACUACAAUAUCUGAAUCUCAAAGAGAAUAUUCUGUCCAAUCUAUCCUGGAGGACGUUUCGCCAUUUAAACAUUUCAUACCUGUUGCUGGCAGGCAAUCCUUUGCAGUGCAUAUGUGAAAACGUGUGGCUGAAGCAGUGGAGAGGAGAGGAGGCUGAGGACCUGCUGUGUGUGGAGGAGGGAGGAAAGAGGACAGCGCUGUCUACACUCACACUGCCAAACUGUGUUCUCCCCACUGUGACUCUGAAACCCACUAAAGUGACCAUGCAGAAAGGGUUAAAUGUGACGCUGAUGUGCAACUGCUAAGGAAUGAGGAAAGCAAAUAUGAACUGCCUAAGUUUUUUUUUUCUAUUAAAUUCAAAAAAUGAGCACGAGCACUCAGGUCAGAUGUCAGAGCUCAGACUCGUGAAUGUCUCUUCCCUGGACAACGGAUGCAAAAUCACCUGCAGGUCUGAAAACAUGGUGGGAGAGGCUGAGGCCUCUGUGGAUCUGGACAUACUGUUUCCACCUGUAAUCAGCAAGCUGAUGGAUGCAGUCUCAGACCACCACUGGUGCAUUCCCUUCAGCAUGUCGGGCAACCCAGAGCCUAAACUGAGCUGGUUAUUAAACGGCAAACCAGUGGAGGAGGGCCCCUUUAUCCGCACCAUGAUCCACGAUUACUCAGAGGGCGAAUACCACGGCUGCUUACACCUGGACAGCCCCACACACAUCAACAAUGGAAAAUACACACUGCUGGCCAGUAAUAAAUACGGAGAGGACCGUAAGGCAGUAUUUGCGCAUUUCAUGCACGAACCUUGGAACGAAUCAGUUACUGAUCCACUGUAUUAUGAUGACACUCCUAUUGGACAAACUGAGGACAAAGUCGCUGUGUACUUGGUCGUGGGAAUUGCGGCGGUCACAUUCACAGGCUUCAUCUUGAUGCUCGUCAUUCUGAAGUUUGGACGCAACUCAAAGUUUGGAAUCAAAGGUCCUUCCUCAGUCAUCAGUAAUGAUGAUGACUCUGCCAGUCCUCUUCAUCAUGUGUCCAACGGCUCUAACACACCCUCGUCCUCUGACAUGAACGCGGACGCCGUCAUCAUCGGCAUGACUAAGAUUCCCGUCAUAGAGAACCCGCAGUACUUCCGCUGCACCAGUAUGCUCAAAUCUGAUACAUUUGUUCAGCACAUUAAGAGGCACAACAUUGUACUGAAGAGAGAACUUGGAGAAGGAGCGUUUGGGAAAGUGUUUCUGGCUGAAUGCUACAACCUGUCCACAGACCAGGAGAAGAUCUUAGUGGCUGUCAAGACUUUGAAAGAGGCCAGUGAGAAUGCCAGGAAGGACUUCCAUCGUGAGGCGGAGUUGUUGACCAAUCUGCAGCAUGAACACAUUGUCACAUUCUACGGCGUGUGUGUUGAGAGCGAUCCCCUUAUCAUGGUGUUUGAGUACAUGAAACACGGCGACCUCAACAAGUUCCUUAGGGCUCAUGGUCCUGAUGCAGUCCUGAUGGCUGAUGGACAGGUGCAGCAACAGGCAGAGCUCACUCAGUCUCAGAUGCUGCAUAUUGCGCAGCAGAUCGCCGCAGGCAUGGUGUAUCUGGCUUCCCAGCACUUUGUUCACAGAGACCUGGCCACACGAAAUUGCCUAGUCGGAGAAAAUCUCCUGGUGAAGAUCGGAGACUUUGGGAUGUCCCGAGACGUCUACAGUACAGAUUACUAUCGGGUUGGAGGUCAUACCAUGCUGCCAAUCCGCUGGAUGCCACCAGAAAGUAUCAUGUACAGGAAGUUCACCACAGAGAGUGAUGUCUGGAGUUUGGGAGUGGUGUUGUGGGAGAUCUUUACCUACGGGAAACAGCCCUGGUAUCAGCUGUCAAAUAAUGAGGUGAUUGAGUGUAUCACCCAAGGUCGUGUCCUGCAGCGACCCCGAACCUGUCCAAAGGAGGUGUAUGACUUGAUGCUGGGAUGCUGGCAGAGAGAACCACACACCCGACUCAACAUUAAAGAGAUCCAUAACCUGCUCCUCAACCUGGCCAAGGCAUCACCAGUCUAUCUGGAUAUCCUGGGAUAGGAGAGCUUGUGCCGUGUGUGGGACUGCGAGUGGAUUCCUGAAACUGCCCCCUCCUCUAUCCCACCCAAAAUCUCUACAGCCUUAACAUCUCCUUCCUUGUCCACCUCCUUGUCACCUGCACCUCUUCUCAGUAUAAAAUGGAAAUGGGAUCUUGUCCAUGUACAAUGACUACGAAUGAUGUAUUUCUAAACAAAAAUGGAUUGAAUGGAAAGAGCCACAUUGAAGUGACUAUAGUUUAGUUACCAAGAACCAAAUUUUCAACCAUCUUCAACAUCUGGAGCAAGUUCACACCUAUAAAUUCCAGUUUUGGAAAAAUGCAUUCUGGACUUGAGGAAGGUAGUCUCUCUUAACAACAUAGUGGAAACAGCAGCUCCAUAAACAAUGACUAUUUACACAUGAACAACUUUUCUGCCCAUCAGAUGGAUUUGGUCUUGUUGGCUCCCACCGGUUUCAUUCUAAAUCCGAUACAAAGCACAGAACCUGAAAUUAGCAUGGUGAUCAACAGUGAGAAACUACAGCUGGUCGAUAUAGCAUAUUCAUGAGUAUUUAUAGAACUGGAUGUUAUUGAUGUAGUUAUACGGUUGAGCGACUGCUGACAGGAUGUUGUUGCUGCCGAGCUUGUCUGAAAUGGAGAAGAAACUCACUAAAUCGUGUCUGGAUCAUAGGCGAUAUUUAUAGUGGGACACGUCCCCACCACUUUUGCCAUGGCCAAUUUUGUCCCUCCAUUUCCACCAGUUUUGUCCCACCACUUUUUGAAAUUGCUCGCAGCAGCGGGGUCAUGACAAGUGCAGUGGACUCCAAUCGUCAAGCAAGGGUUUUCGAUCUGGUGAUUGAAUUAGUUAUGAUGUAUUAUUUUUGGACAUUUCUACCCAUAAUGUCACAUUUGACUUUUGACUUGAGCAAAAACUCUACUGCUGACCCAAUUUCAAUAUCAAUGCUUCAAAUUUCUUUCUAAGAUCAUGUUCAAUUAUUUGUGCAUAACCUUAUUAAUAUAUAUUUGUAAGCUAAGCCUUCACGAUUUUGUGACGUCACAACCGGCGUUUCUGCACCUGUGUCCACCACAGAAUCGCCACCCAUAGCCUCCAGGUUGUUGACGCCGUUCGCUAUUGAGGGCUAGAUGGAAUCAUUUGAGACGAUGCUGUGCCUCAGUACCAUCAGCUUGCAUUUCUUACAGGAGCUUAAUUACGCAGAGUGGCCGAUUAUGAUGGUGCGGGCUAAAUUAUGACCUUUCUUUCUCUCUUUCUCAUUCGCCAUGUUUUACUACUGAGUGGACGCACUAAUGUAGUACUCAAGCUUGGGGUUGUACAACUGCUAUAGUGUAAUAUAUAUUUCAUUACAGGACAAAUGUCUCCUAUUAGCAGCAGCAACUCCCUCUAGACUCAUAUGCGCUAUCAGUGGGGGAAAGAGGAGAGACGGGAGGGCACAAGAUGGAGAGAAUGAGAGGAGGGGAGGAAAAUUAUUUUAAACAGAGAUAAACAUGAGUCACCUCACUAAAACCCACAUUUCUUAUUCCUUUUAUCGUACAUAAAUUAUUAUAUCUAUUUAUCACUAUAGAGAUCCUAUCCCAGCAUUCUUUGAGUUCAUUAUUGCACCGUCAGUCCCUUCUCCCAUGGGAGACUUUGCACACUAGUCUCAAUGCCGUGAAUUUUUCAACAAAAAUCUUCCAAUCAAUUCCGUAUUUUGAGCUUAAAGUCCCAAAAAUAAUAAAUUAAAUUCAGAGUUUAUGUAUUUAUUUUUCGGAAUAAGAAUUGUUAUCUUUAAGAUAUGUAACUUAUAAUUUAAUAUUUUAUUUAUUUUGUACUUAAUAUGAAGCAUUUUUGUUUUGGACUUUUGCCUGUAAAAAUAUUUUUUCUUAAUAUUAUAUAUUUUUUUGUACUUGGUUGGGAGUGAAUACAGAAAGAUUACGUGUUUUGGAUGAACAAUGAAAAAACUCCAGGUUAGAUGUCCAGGUUACAUUCACAAAAAAGAAGCCUAAAUUCUGAAUUGUGGCCAUUUUUUAUGAUCAUUAAGAACAUUUUCUCCACAAAUUCUUUUUGACAAUGUAUUUUCAUUUUUUGUGAGGUUUCCAUUAUUGUCAAUGGUAAUUCUCAUUACUUUAAUACAGUAUUUUUUUAAAUGUAGAACAAUGUUUUUUUUUUUUUUUGCACAAUAUUUAACCAUUUGAAUGCCAUUACUUUUUUUUCUCAUUACAGUGAUAGCUAGGAUUUUUGUUAUGUUGUAUAUAUAUGGCAAUGGGGCAAAAUGUGCUUAACUGUCAUGAAAAUAAUGCAAAAAUGCAAUCCCUUUGUUUUUCAAUGUUUUCAUCAUGAAACAGAUGGAAAAUGUUGUUUGAGAUACAAAUAUGAGUUUCAGUGUUUCAGAUUAGUCUUGCCUUGUCCUUCGACAGAACAUUAAACUGUGACUGCAUAUCAAACACCUUCCUCUACAUGUACAGAACAACUUCUGAGGUUUCAGAAUGUCUAUAAGCUAAACUACCUUAAACAAGUAUUAAAGUCAAUGUGAAAGUAAAACUGACUUUCCUGUUUUGUGCAGAUUAUUACACACAUACAAGUCAUUGUGUAACUCUGAAACAACUUGCCAUUUCUGUUGAUAUCACAAUUUACAUUAGUAAAAUGGCUUUCAAAGGCUGUUUCAUGUUGACAUUAAGUCCAAAAUUGGGAUACUUCCUUCCUUUUCUGAAUACUUUUAAACAUAGGCCUAUUGAUGACACCUGGAAAGAAGAUUUCUGCAGAGUAUCAAGUAGUGUGAUAAUUUCAUUUAUGGAAUUAUAUUAUACGUUCAGCAAGUACAAUCAGAUGUCCUCGUCUGUAUAAGAUAUAUGGACCAGUAAAGUUGUCCGCCAUUGUAUUUAAUAAAAGUGUAAUGUCUUA